AUGGCCUUAUUGUCUCUGGGGCCGAAGUCCGGGAUGAUUACCCAAAGUGACAUCGACGUCAUGUUCGACAUCGAGAGACGUGUCGGCAUGUGCAAGAAUAUUGGGCUAUACGGCGGAGCAAGUUUAACUGCGGCUUAUGGACGUUUUUACCGUAAACCACCGUGGUCUGUCUGGCGCACCCUCGGUUACUCCACCCUUGCUUCCAUGGUCGGCCUGGGGGCUUCAUCCAUGAUCGCCGUACGAGUACUGUUCAAGGGGAUCAAUCGUCUGGAGAACAAAGAUCGAUUCAAUGCGGCCAUCCGAGCGAUGAAGGAGGACCGAUUCCAGAAUCCCAAAGGCGGUACCGGAACUCAGCCUGAAGAAGGGACACGAUGGGCGAACAUACGAGCGGCUCGAGGCACUGCGAAACACAGCACAUGGGACGCUAUUCGCGAAAGGAGUAUGAAGUCCAACAUGCCCCCACCAAAUAGCACUUCACCCGGCGCUUCAAAAACUAAUGCACCUAGUCUUCCCAGUAGCAUGAAUAGAGACUCAAAUACAGAAGUCUCGGAGCGAGAAAAGUUUGAUGCUUUAUUGGAUGCCGAACGUAACUUUGGCCAGGAUCAAGAUGCGUGGAAGGAGUCACGCUGGCCGUAACUUGGACUUGGAGCGCGCAUUUGGUUGUAAAUUUUCUUUUGACACCCGUUUCCCACUCGCACCAGAAUGGGGCAUUGGACAUUCGUAAGCAAUACAACGCAACAUGUAUUUAGUUAGGCAGGAGCCUCUAUGACUUGGAUGGAUGGAUGGAUGUAUUCAUUUUAAAGUACGUAACCGUGCCUAUCGGCAUAUGCCGUACUAUAGUGACUCGGGUG